AUGAAUGAAACAAAUACUGAUUCCAAUCCAUCGACUAUUGCUGAUGAAGAUGAGAAUCAUAUUCCCGAAAAAUUUAAACUCGAUCGUAAAAAAAUUCAAACAGCAACAUUAGUUGAUGAAGAUGAUGAAUUAAAUCAACUUGGUUUAACUAUUUUUAAUCAAGCAGAUCUUGAACAAGGUCUUAUCGAUCAAGUUGAUAAUGUCGUGUCAAGCCAUGAACGUCAACAUAAAACAGCUCAUAUUGAAAAACAAAUUCAAUCACUUGAACAAACUAAUAGUUCUCUUCGAAGUAAUAUAUCUGCAAAACAACAAAUAUUAUCGACAAUUGAUAAAGCCACUUAUCUUGCUUCAAGAAGAGAAACUCAAAAAGCUAAUAUUGAAAAAACAAUUAAAGAACUAAAACAACAAUUAGCAAAAAAUAUUGCCAAAGUUAAUUCACUUAAAACUGAACUUAUUGGUCUUUCACCAAUGGGUGAUGAAGAUGAUGAUAAUCAAUCUAAACGAACAACAGCAUCUACUAGUCUUCUUGAUACAUUAAUGCCAACACUUCGUAAUUAUGAUGAAAAUGGUCUUAUUAAACCAACAACAGAUCAAAAUGAACGUUUAACAUCAUUUGAUUCAUUUAUGCAAGGUCUCGAUCAAGAUUAUGAUAAACGAAAGCAAUUAAAAAAUAAGCCUAUUGAAAGAAAAUCAUCGGAAAGCAAAAAAACUACUACUGCUCCUCCACCUCCACAAGUUUCAUUAACACUUGAUGGUCCAAUUGAAUAUCGAGAUAAAAAAAUUAAAAAGAAACCAGCACCACCACCACCACCUGUUAAAAAAGUCAAAACCAAAGCAAAACCACAGAAACGACCGGUUCUAAGUUCUUCAUCAUCUGAAGAUGAAGAAAAAGAAACUGACCCAAGUAAAAUGGUUUAUGAUGAAGAUGAAGCUUGGUUUGAAAGUGAUGAAGAAGAAAAACGACGUUUAAUUGAUGAAAAUGAUGAUUCAUACGAGCCAAAGAAAAAGAGAAAACGUAUAUUAGCUAAAGAUGAUGGUGAUGAUAAACAAUAUUUUACACGUUUACGAGAUUUCUAUGCUGAUCAAAAACCACCUUGUCAUAUAAAUAAUAGUGAAAAUGAAGAUGUUGAAAUGAGCCCAGGUUUUUGGAUGCCAUUAACUAUUUGGAAUAGAUUAUUUAAUUAUCAACGAGCUGGUGUUAAAUGGUUAUGGGAAUUAUAUGAACAAAAAUGUGGAGGAAUUAUUGCAGAUGAAAUGGGUCUUGGAAAGACUAUUCAAAUAAUUGCUUAUCUGGCAGCAUUUCAUUAUAGUCGUGUACGAGAUAAUCAACAUCGUUUUCGUGGUCUCGGUCCUGUAUUAAUCGUAUGUCCAUCAACAUUACUUCAUCAAUGGGUUCAUGAAUUUCAUGAAUGGUGGCCAGAAUUUCGUGUUGCUGUUUUACAUGAAAGUGGUUCUUUUCAAGGAAAGAAAGGCAAUCGACUCAUUCAAAAAAUUGGAACCACAGCUGCUGGUAUUCUUAUUACAUCUUAUGCUAAUAUUCUUAUUCAUUACGAUACUCUUUCAUCAUAUCAAUGGCAUUAUUUCAUCUUAGAUGAAGGUCAUAAAAUUCGUAAUCCAGAUGCUCAAAUAACAUCAGCUUGUAAAUCAUUUCGUACACCACAUCGAAUAAUAUUAUCGGGUUCACCGAUGCAAAAUAAUCUACGUGAAUUAUGGUCUCUAUUUGAUUUUGUUUUUCCAGGAAAAUUAGGUACAUUACCAACAUUUAUGGAACAUUUUGCUAUACCAAUAACACGCGGUGGUUAUGCAAAUGCAACUCCAAUUGAAGUACAAACAGCCUAUAAAUGUGCAUGUAUAUUACGUGAUACAAUAAAAAAAUAUCUUAUUCGUCGAAUAAAAUCAGAACAAAAUGUUGUUUUAAAAUUACCAACAAAAAAUGAACAAGUACUUUUUUGUCGUUUAACUAAAGUUCAACGAAAUAUCUAUAAAGAAUAUUUAAAAUCACAACAAUGUAAAGAUAUUCUUCAAGGAAGUUUACAAGUUUUUGUUGGUUUAAUUAAUUUACGAAAGAUUUGUAAUCAUCCUGAUCUAUUUACUGAUUGGACAAGUUAUCGUCCGGAAUAUGGAGAAGAUCCAAAUGAAGUUGGACAAUAUGGAUAUUUAAAACGAUCAGGAAAAAUGGUUGUAUUAGAAAAUUUAUUAAAAAUUUGGUAUAGACAAAAUAAUCGAUGUUUAUUAUUUACACAAAGUAAACAAAUGUUAAAUAUAUUGGAAGGAUUUUUAAUUAAACAUAAUUAUGUAUAUUUAAAAAUGGAUGGAACAACAUCGAUUGCAUCAAGACAAGGACUUGUUACUCAAUAUAAUACUGAUUCAUCAAUAUUUGUCUUUCUUUUAACAACUCGAGUUGGUGGUUUGGGAAUAAAUUUAACUGGUGCAAAUCGUGUUUUAAUCUUUGAUCCCGAUUGGAAUCCAUCAACUGAUAUGCAAGCACGUGAACGAGCUUGGCGUAUCGGUCAAACAAAAAAUGUUACAAUCUAUCGUUUAUUAACAUCAGGUACAAUCGAAGAAAAAAUUUAUCAUCGACAAAUUUUUAAACAAUUUUUAACAAAUCGUGUUUUACAAGAUCCAAAACAACGACGUUUUUUUAAAUCGAAUGAUCUUCAUGAAUUAUUUCGUUAUGAUGAUGAUAAUGAUAGUGGUGGUGAAGAUGAUGAACGUACGGAAACAUCAAUAUUAUUAGCUGGAACAAAUUCGGAAAUAAAUUUAAAAGAAAAUUAUAAAAAAAGAAAACGAAAUAAAAGUGCUAAAUUUGAAGGACAACGUGUACCAAAUUUAACAAAAGUUGAUAGUAAAACUACAACGAAUCAACAAGAUGUACAAGUUGAUAUUGAAAAAGAAAAAGAUGAUUAUGUAUUAAGUAAAUUAUUUAAAAAAUCUGGUGUACAUAGUGCACUUCAACAUGAUGCAAUUAUUGAUAAUUCCAUAAAUGAUUAUGUUUUUAUUGAAGCUGAAGCUCAUCGUUAUGCUGAAGAAGCUGUUAAAGCACUUAAAAGAUCAGCACAAGAGUGUUAUUCAGCUGAAAGUGGUAUACCAAAUUGGGGAGCGAAAAAUAUUCAACAUAUACGUCGAUUUGGUUCUCGUUCUAAUAAAGAUGUUGUUGUUCCUGAUGAAGUAGAAGAAGAACAACCAUCAUCAUCAUCUACUUCUUCAGUUACUCGAAAAGUAAAUACUCGUCCAUCAAAUGCAUCGACUAAUUUACUUCAAAAUAUUCGUGAACGAAAACGACAACAAACUGAAUUUGUUGUGCAUACAAAUGCUGAAACAACAGAAAAUCAUGAAGAUGAACAUAAGUCAAAUGAUGAUGAUGGUUUAAUAUUAAUUCGUGAUUUAAAAGAUUAUUUAUCAGCUGGUGGAUCAAUGCAUGGUAAAGCAACAACAGCGGAAAUAAUUGAUCAUUUUCAAACUCGUCUUAAUGGAAAACCUGGUCUUGUACCAAAAUUUAAAUCUCUAUUAAAAGAAAUAGCAGAUCUUCAACGUGCACCCUCUGGCAUGGGUUUUUGGGUUUUGAAAGAAGAAUUUCGAGGACCAUAA